AUGUUUCGAUCAAAAAGUUUCACUUUGUUUAUCCUAUUAUCAUCCAUCAGUGCAAUAUCUGCUGACUGGUGUUACAGCGGUUACAGCUCAUAUUAUUGCUAUUCUGGUCAAACCUGUGGCACGUACUAUGGAGAUUGUCGCGGUUUACCAACAUACGCAAUUAUCGGAAUCGUCUCGGCAUGCAUUGUCAUUCUAUCAAUCUGUAUACGCUGUUGUAUACACUUGAAUACUGUCAAUAAUCGACGAGUUCCACAAGCAGUUCCAGUCUUUACACCAGCUCCUGGACAGCCUGUGUAUCAAGUCCAUUCUUUUACUAAUAACUUUGCUACUGGUCGACCAGUAGCUGUUCCUGUUCACUGCAUGCGCGAGGAUGCACCUCCUACAUACACGACAGUCGUCUCUGAAACAACACCACAAGGAAAAUAUUAA